AUGUCUGGAUACGCCGCCUCUUCGACGUGGACGUCGUUCCUAAAAUCAGUCGCGUCGUUCAACGGCGACCUGUCAACGCUAACCGCACCACCAUUCAUCCUGUCGCCCACAUCGCUGUCGGAGUACUCGCAGUACUGGGGCGAGCACCCGGACCUGUUCCUGGGCCCCAACUUCAUCACAGAGCCGGACGCGGAGGGUACCAGCGCGGAGCAGCUACGUAUGCUCGCAGUGACAAAAUGGUUCAUCUCGACGCUAAAGUCGCAGUACUGCUCGCGUAACGAAUCUAUGGGCACGGAGAAAAAGCCUCUAAACCCCUUUUUGGGCGAACUGUUCGUGGGCAAGUGGGAGAACAAGGAGCACCCAGACUUCGGCGAGACCGUCUUGCUCAGCGAGCAGGUGUCCCACCACCCACCGGUCACCGCUUACACGAUCAUCAACGACAAGAAUAAGACUAGUCUGCAGGGUUACAACCAGGUCAAGGCGUCCAUCUCCACGGCGUCUCUCAGCGUGAAGCAGUUCGGUCACGCGCUGUUGGAAUACGGCAAGUUCAACGAGCAGUACCUGAUCACGCUACCUCCCCUGCACAUUGAGGGCAUGCUAGUGGCCUCGCCCUUUGUGGAACUGGAGGGCAAGGCUUACAUCCAGAGCUCCAGCGGUCUUUUGUGUGUCGUUGAGUUUUCCGGCAGAGGCUACUUCUCAGGCAAGAAGAACUCUUUCAAGGCUCGUAUCUUUCAGAAGCCCUCUGACGCCUCCGACAAGGAAAAAGCACUAUACACCAUCACAGGGCAAUGGUCCGGCACUUCCACGAUCAGCAAGGGCAAGUCCAAGAAGGGCGAGGAGCUGUUUUACGACGCUUCCAAGCUGAGGGUGGAACACCUGCACGUCAAACCCAUCGAGGAGCAGCACUCUCUUGAAAGUAGAAAGGCAUGGAAGAAGGUUGCAGAUGCCGUCAAGGGUGGUGACUUCUCCCAGAUCCACCAGGAGAAAUCCGCUCUGGAGAACGCACAGAGAGACUUGCGUAAGCAGGAAGAAGCUGAGGGCACCAAGUGGAAGAGAAGGUGGUUCGUCCUAGAAGACUACACCGCCGGUAUCAACGACAAAUUCACCAGCCUUGCUUCCAACCUGAAGCUCUCUACAAAGAACGUACCCAGCGGCACUUUGGUGGGGGACAAGGAAGACAAGAAGGAGCAUUCCGCAGCGCACUGGAGGUUCAAGAGAGAGCUCUGGGAUAGCGAAAAGGAGAUUAAGGCUUGA